GUGGGGUAGAGUAACGCUGUUUAGUCUCUGAUUGGCAGAUCUUUCUCAGACCAUGGUUUUAGUUUAGCAUUUAAAAUGUUUAACCUCCAAUUAAAACAUUUAACUGGGCAGGUUUUGUGGUUUGGUCUGCAGCAAAAAAAAAAAAAAAAAAAAAAAAUCACAAUACCAGAUAUCUGGACACUCUGCCUAGGAUGUCUUCGGUCCACCAUCCAUAUUCCUUAACACAAUUGCUAUUCUUUAAGGUAAGCCAGAAGUAAAUUUCAGAUGCUAUUUUAACAUGUAUUCUCUGUAUAGGUCUGUGAGCCAGAAGUGGACAUGCCCUUUGAUCUCUGUUCAGCCCAUUCGAGGACUAGUGGAUGAGAAGUUUCAGAUAGCAGUAACAAAUUUACCACCAAAUCAAAAAGUGACACUACACUCUCUGCAUCAAUCAGAUGACACGGACUUCUGGGAGGCAUUUGGACACUAUGUCAGUGAUGAACAUGGAUCAGUGACAGGAUUCAAAGAUGAAAGUUUGGGAGGCACUUAUGACGGCACAGAGCCAGUGGGGUUGCUGUGGAGCAUGAGGCCCAUACCAGGAAGUCGACAUGGACUCAGGUUACGUAAGAGGGACAUUUUCAGACCAAUGGAAGUUCGUAUUUCAGUAUACAAUGGGCAUCUAUCUCAAGGCUUCAGCCACCAAGCACCCUUGGCGACCAGUGUCACUGAGCGCUGGUACGUCGCACCAGGUGUGAAGAGGGUGAACAUCAGGGAGAAAGAAAUACGAGGAACAUUAUUCCUGCCUCCAGGCUCUGGGCCAUACCCAGGAGUGCUGGAUCUGUGGGGAGGAGGUGGUGGUUUGGUUGAGUACCGUUCUGCCCUGCUUGCAUCUCAUGGCUUUGCAUCCAUGGCACUUGAGUACCUUGCUCCAGAAGACCUGAGUCUGGAAGACACUGAUGCUUCUUACUUUGAGAAAGCAUACCAGAUCCUGAAUAAUCAUCCAAUGGUAAAGAAGGAUCAUUUGGCUGUUCUUGGGCUAAGUUUGGGAAGUGCCAUCACACUCAAUAUGGUGUCCUACUCCAAAGUCAUUAAGCCCCAGUGUUGUGUGUGCAUAAGUGGAAGUCAUCUGAUGCCUGUUGAAAAAUCCCUCUCUGAACUCUUUGAGCUGAUGAAAAACCAUGAAGAUAAGCUAUGUGUGAAUGAGGACAACCAGGUUAUCUACAGAAAUCUGAUUUUAUCGCUUCCCUGUCAAAGUGGCAAAGUUGACGUUGGGAGAAUAAAGUGUCCUCUUCUGUUGGUGAAUGGUGAUGAUGAUCAGAAUUUUCCUGCAGUGGAAUCCGCUGAAGACAUGGCGAUGAUGAUGGACAAAGCAGGAAAUAGGCACUUGUUGGAAAUCCUGACGUAUCCUGAUACAGGUCAUCUUAUUGAACCUCCGUACUCACCUCACUUCCGUGCAACUAAAUAUAAACUACAGUGGACAAAGGAGAGAAUUGUCAUGCUGUGGGGUGGACAAACCAAACCGCACGCGUACGCACAAGAGGACGCAUGGAAGAAGAUAUUAGCAUUUCUGUGGCAGCACCUGUCAGCACCGUGACUUCAUUUUAUGUGUCACCUAUUUAAAUGUAACCGUUUAAAUCUCUGGGUUAUUUUUAAAUUAUGACAUUAUGAUUCUGGAAAAUUUGUUGGUAGCCAUCUUGAGAAAGAGAAAGUUUUGUUGAGAAAUACAUUUAAAGAUUUUAUUUCAGAGUUUGGUUUCAGUGUAACUUCUUCCAAGUGAUGAACAAACAGCAGAAAGCUGAUACAAUCACCCAUUUAUCCAUGUUUAUGCUACUGCGUCCAUAUCACCAAAUAAUAAGUAAUCAUUAAAAACCAAAAAUGAAUUGACAUUGAAAUUAAUUGACAAUGAAUUUGAUUAUCUAUUAAUGGAUUAAAAUCUGAAAUGAUGCCAGGAUGUACUGUAAUACGUUUCUUAAGUUUUUCAUCUAUAAAAAGGGUUUUUAAUCCUCAAGCAUCCUUCAUAUAACAGCCCUUAAUCUGUCCUUCGUGGACAAAUUUGGGCAUGAAGGUCUCAGGUGUGAUCCCAAUUUUAUUUAAAACCUUAUUUAUUU